CGGCGCUGCCCUCCGGGCCUGGGCCCCUCGGAUGAGGCGGUGAGGCCGGGGCCUUCCCCCCCCUUGCCCCCCCCAUCCCGGUUCCUGCCCUUCCACCUCGCCUCCCUUCCCCUCACCCUUUUCCGCCUCCUCCGGGGCCUGGCGGGGCCGCGCUCCCCGCCCCGCUCCCCCAUGUAGGAGGGGGUGUUGGCGGCAGGGAGGGCCGAGGCCCCGGGUGAAUGGUGGCAGGAGCGGGCGCUGAGGAAGUUUGAAGUUUUGGGGGUUUUGGAGGCUUCCCCCCCCCUCCCCUCUCUCGAGCACAGUGGAGGAGGAAUGCCAAACCCGGAGAGACAUGGGGGCAAGAAGGAUGGGGGCGGCGGGGGGUCCUCGCAGCACACGCCUGGCUCGAACAGCAAAGAGAGGCACCGGGUGGCCUCCAGGCACAAGAGGCACAAGUCCAGGCACUCCAAGGAGUCACCGCUGGCAGCCCAGGAGCCGGCGGCCCCCUUGGGAGCGAUGAUCAAACCCCUGGUGGAGUACGAUGACAUCAGUUCGGAUUCGGAUACCUUCUCCGAUGAUGUGGCCCUCAAGCUGGACAGGAGGGAGCCCGAGGAAAGGAAAGCAGAGAGGAGCGAGAGGAUCCAGAAGCAUCGGCACCACCAGCACAAACGGAUCCGUGAGCUGAUGAAAAACAAACAGGCAGAUAAAGAGAGGAAGUUAGAAAAGAGCCUGGAAGCGUCCAGCAGGUCCGGGUCCACCAAGGAGAGGAUCUCGGGGUCCUCCAAGAGGCUCCUGGAAAGCGAAGAGCACCCCAAGCCCUUGUCCUCCAAGAGCAGCAACAAGGAAUCCCGCUCAGCCAAAGCUCACAAGGAGAAAUCCAGGAAGGAUCGGGAGCUGAAAUCCAGCCACAAGGAACGCAGCAGCAAAAGCCACCGGAAAAGGGACGCUCCUAAAAGUUACAAAACUCUCGACAGCCCCAAGCGGAAAUCCAGGAGUCCCCACCGAAAAUGGUCUGACAGCCCCAAAUUAGACGACAGCCCUUCGGGAGCUUCCUACAUCCAGGAAUACGAUCUCAGCCCUCCCCGCUCCCACACCUCCAGCACCUACGAUCCCUACAGGAAGAGCCCCGGCGGCUCCUCCCGCCGGCAGUCUCUCAGCCCUCCCUACAAGGAGCCCGCAGCUUACCAAUCCAACGCCCGCUCCCCCAGCCCCUACUCCCGGCGCCAGAGAUCCAUCAGCCCCUAUCCCAGGAGACGUUCCUCCAGCUACGAGCGGGGCAGCGGCUCCUACAGCGGGAGGUCCCCGAGUCCCUACAGCCGCCGCCGAUCCAGCAGCCCCUUCGCCCCCAAGCGCUCCGUGAGCCGCAGCCCCAUCCCCAGGAAAUCUGUGAAGUCCCGAAGCAGAAGUCCUGGCUAUUCAAGGCACUCAUCUCACAGCAAGAAGCCGAGGUCUGGGUCCCGCAGUCGCCAUUCCAGUAUCUCCCCAACCAGGCUCCCCCUGAAUUCCAGCCUGGGAGCAGAGCUCAGCAGGAAAAAGAAGGAGCGGGCGGCAGCGGCCGCGGCCGCAGCCAAGGUGGACGGGAAGGAGGCAAAGGGCUCCCCUAUUUUCCUCUCUAGGAAGGAGAACAGCUUGGCUGAAAUUAAGGAAUCCGGGACGGAAUCUAAAAAGGUCACCAAAACUGUUAAAUCUGAAAAAUCCUCUUCGGAUACAGAAUUAGUUAAUUUACUGUAUACCAACGCAGAGACUAAAGCCCCUUCGGAGACGGCGAAAGCGAAGGCAGAGGAGAACUCGGAGAGGAAGCAUCCUGUUCCAGUUAGAGAUUCAAAACAAACGGGAACAAAAGACUUGAAGCCUGUAGCAGUGGUAGAGGACCUCCUCUCUCCAAAAGAGACAGAUGCAGCAGAGAAGGAGAUUCCACCCCCACUACCCUCAAUAAAAUCACCUCCUCCACCUCUGCCCACAACCACACCGCCACCUCCCACCCCACCGUUGCCGCCUUUGCCUCCAUCUCCUGCUGUUCCACCUUUGCCACCAUCCCAACCAGCUCCCGUUCAGGCCCCUCCUUCAGCCCCAACAUCUUUGCCAUCUUCUUCCCACCCAAGGACGUCUACUUUAUCCUCUCAGGUGAACUCUCAGUCCUCUGUCCAAGUCGCUACAAAAACCCAAGUGUCUGUGACGGCUGCUAUCCCACACCUGAAAACUUCAACGUUGCCUCCGCUUCCGCUCCCCCCUAUUUUAGUUGGGGAAGAUGACUUGGAUAGUCCAAAAGAGAUUCUUCCUCCAAAACCUGUGAAGAAAGACAGAGAGCAGAGACCACGACACUUACUCACGGACCUCCCGCUCCCUCCAGAGCUCCCUGGGGGGGACCCAUCUCCUCCUGACUCCCCGGAACCAAAGGCAGCCACACCACCUCAGCAACCGUUCAAAAAGAGACCAAAAAUCUGCUGUCCUCGGUAUGGAGAAAGGAGACAGACGGAAAGCGACUGGGGGAAGCGUUGUGUGGACAAGUUUGAUAUCAUUGGGAUUAUUGGAGAAGGGACAUAUGGGCAGGUGUACAAAGCCAAGGACAAAGAUACAGGUGAGUUGGUGGCUCUGAAGAAGGUGAGGUUGGACAAUGAGAAGGAGGGGUUCCCCAUCACCGCCAUCCGCGAGAUCAAAAUCCUCCGGCAGCUGAUCCACCGCAGCGUCGUCAACAUGAAGGAAAUUGUCACAGACAAACAAGAUGCACUGGAUUUCAAGAAGGACAAAGGUGCCUUUUACCUUGUGUUUGAGUACAUGGACCAUGACCUAAUGGGGCUGCUAGAAUCUGGCUUGGUACAUUUCUCAGAGGACCAUAUCAAGUCUUUCAUGAAACAGUUAAUGGAGGGUCUGGAUUAUUGUCACAAAAAGAAUUUCCUUCAUCGAGAUAUUAAGUGCUCCAACAUCUUAUUGAACAACAGUGGGCAGAUCAAACUUGCAGAUUUUGGACUUGCCCGACUCUACAGCUCAGAGGAGAGCCGUCCCUACACAAACAAAGUCAUCACAUUAUGGUAUCGACCUCCAGAGUUGCUGCUAGGUGAGGAGCGUUACACACCAGCCAUAGAUGUGUGGAGCUGUGGCUGUAUCCUCGGGGAACUGUUUACAAAGAAGCCUAUUUUUCAAGCCAAUCUGGAACUGGCUCAGCUUGAAUUAAUCAGCCGACUCUGUGGCAGCCCCUGCCCAGCUGUGUGGCCAGAUGUCAUCAAGCUGCCCUACUUCAACACCAUGAAACCCAAGAAGCAAUACCGACGGCGCCUGCGGGAGGAGUUCUCCUUCAUUCCUUCCUCUGCUCUUGACCUGCUGGACCACAUGCUGACGCUGGACCCCGGCAAGCGCUGCACGGCAGAGCAGGCCCUGCAGAGUGACUUCCUGAAGGAUGUUGACCUCAGCAAAAUGGCACCUCCAGACCUUCCCCACUGGCAGGAUUGCCACGAGCUGUGGAGUAAGAAGCGCCGGCGGCAGCGGCAGAGCGGGAUGGCGGUGGAGGAGCCCCCGUUAUCAAAAGUUUCUCGGAAAGAAACUACCUCUGUUACCAGCACAGACACUGUCAAAAACAACAGCAGUCCUGUGCCCCCACAGCCUGCCCAGCUCAAAACAGAGUCUGGUGCUGGAGAUGCAGUAGCAGGCCUUGGAGAUAUCACCCAGCAGCUGAACCAGAGUGAACUGGCUGUUCUGCUGAACUUGCUGCAGAGCCAGACGGAUCUGAGCGUCCCACAGAUGGCCCAGCUGUUGAAUGUACACUCUAACCCAGAGAUGCAGCAGCAGCUGGAGGCUCUCAACCAGUCCAUCAAUGCCCUGACAGAAGCCACCACUCAGCAGCACGAGUCUCAGGCAGCAGCAGCAGCAGCAGAGGAAGCCAUAGAGGAGCCCCCAGCAGAGGCUCAGCUCCCGGAGGAGCAGGCGACUCCAGAAGCAGCCAGUGCUCAGGGAGAUGUGCAGAACGUGCUGGCUGUCCUGCUGAGUCAACUGAUGAAGAGCCAGGAACCUGUCCUCACCCUGGAGGAGAGCAAUGGGGAGAAGAGCAACGAGCAACGGGGGCCCAGGAAAACCCCAACCAUGCACCCAGAGGAAAGCACAGCCUGUCCUCCUGGCAUUCUCCCACCAGAGAAGAGACCCCCAGAGCCCCCGGGACCGCCGCCUCCUCCUCCUCCUCUCUCCGAAGGGGACGUGUCCAGCGCUGCCCCCGAGCUCAGCCCCGCUGUCACCGCUGCUCUGCUCCAGCUCCUUUCCCAGCAGGAGACGGAACCACUCGGCCACAGCACCCAGGAAGCCCAAACCUCCAGAGCCUCAGAAUACAGCAGGUCCCACUCCUCCAGGACUUACAGCACCGAGAGCUCAGAGGGGGGUUUCGGUGCCGAGGAGCUGAAUUCGGGCCAGACGCUCCUAGAACCCUCAGCCCAACCUCUGGGGAAAAGCAGAACCUUCUUGGGCUCCGUGAGCCACCUCGGGGAGACGAGCAAUUACCAGGGGAUGGGCUCUGUCCAGUUCCCUGGGGACCAGGACCUCCGCUUCGCCAGAGUCCCCGUCGCCAUCCACUCGGUGGGACAAACUUUUCCCAAAGCCGAGGGGAGCAGCAGCAACAACACCAACACCAACACCACCACGCUGGGACAUCCAGAGGCCAAAAUUCCAAACUACAGCGAGCUGGGAGCGGGCAGUGCCAGUUCCAGUGGGGCAGGAACAGGGCACAGCUGGGGUGCCCCAACCCAGGCGACUUCUUACGGGAAGCAGCAGCAGUACCGAGGGCCUGGCAGAGUGCCUGCACGGGGGGGACGGGGCAGGGGGGUUCCUUACUGAGAGAAAUGGCUUUCAGCUUGGGCCUCCCUCACCUCUCCACCUUUAGCAACAUGACUUUUGUGGGUUUUUUUCAUUUUUUUUUAAUUUUUUUUUUUGGCCAGAGCAAGGUCUUGUCUGCAUUUCAGCUGCUGCAGAGCUCCCUCUUGUACUCCUUGCUAAAAGGGGCACCCCAGGAUUUUCUGUAGGGUCAUCUCGCUGGCCUAAACCUCUCAUGCUUGGUUAGAGACAAAAAAAAAAAAAAAAAACCAUUUAAAAAGAAAAAUUAAACUCCACAGCAAAGGGCAGUGAGCUUCCUGCCCUGAGCCAGCAGAGGGAGGGGAUUGUUUCAAAAUAGGAGGAAUGAAAUGAAACCCAUCCAGGUGGGAAGAAGGAAAUUAAAGAGUUUUUCAGGAGGUGGGGGAAGCACCAGGUAGUGGUCAGGUAGGGCUGGGGGAGAAGCUGGUUCCCAGCAGUUUUGGGAUGGUUUGGUUUUGGUUUUCCCAAUCCAAUUUAAAUUUAAAAGGAAAAAAAUAAAAAAAAAAAAUAGGAAUUUAUUGCUGCAGAGGUGCUUGGAUCAGUUAUCCUGGCUGUGUAGAGCCAGGUUGUGGCACAGGUUUGUACCUGAUUUAUCUGACAUUAUUUUCCUCCCACCAAGUGUCCAGCUGCCCCUUGGGGCUGGAUCCAGGUCCUGUCUCUCCUGGCAGCUGCUUUUUGGGACAGCUCCUUCUGGACCUUGGAUCUCUCCUGUUACAACUUCACCGUGGGAAUUGUCUUUUUUGUUGCUUUGUUUCUUUUUGGUUUUCCUUCCUGUUUUUUUUUUUAAGAGCCGAAGAGAACACCUCACCUCACAAGGGGUAUUUCUUUAUCUUCCUAACUUCCAAAACACUUCAAGAAUUAAAGAAAAGGAUUAAAAAAAAAAAAUCAACUUGGUGGGGAGGUGCCACCAGGUAAGAGUCUUGUACCUGGCAUCUUCCUGAGCUGGUGGUGUGUGUCCUGAUGGGGUCAGUGGGGCUGUCCAAGCCCCAGCUCAAUCCUUUGAGGCUUGCCAGGGUUUACUGUAUCAUUUCUAUCAGCAUAUAUAUAUUUUUGUUGUUGUCAAGGAAGUAUUUACAAUGAGUCUUCUCCUCCCGCAGACCGUUGCCAUGUUGUCCAUUUCAAUGAGACUUAAAAAGAGAUGAAUAAAACAAAGGUACAUAUUUAUGAGC